AUGCCGCUCCUCUUCCUCCUCCUGCUCCUCCUCCCCCUCCCGCACUCCACCGCUGCCUCCCACGGCAGCGGAGGGGCAGCAGCGGCGCGCCUGAACGGGCUGGCGGAGGAUCCGCUGGCGGACGACGACUCGUUCGCGCGCCUGGCGGAGGCGGACAAGCGGCGGUGGGCGCAGGGCGCGGCGGAGGACGCGGGGCUGGCGGCGAAGAUGCGGCGGCUGGCGGAGGUGGAGGUGGUGACGCGCGUGCACGUGCGGCUCGUGGGCUUCGACGGCGACCGCGACGACAACAGCAACCUCCGCGUGCAGCCGGUGAGGCAGGCGGGGCGGCGAGGGGCUUGUUGGGGAUGGCGGGAAAGCGCAAGGAAAAAGACCAAGUGCAGGGCUCCUGCGCCGUGCUCCCACCCCCGUGUGCUCGCUGCCACUCCCACCCCCGUGUGCUCGCUGCCACUCCCACCCCCGUGUGCUCGCUGCCACUCCCACCCCCGUGCGCUCGCUGCCACUCCCACCCCCGUGUGCUCGCUGCCACUCCCACCCCCGUGUGCUCGCCCACUCCCACCCCCGUGUGCUCGCUGCCACUCCCACCCCCGUGUGCUCGCUGCCACUCCCACCCCCGUGUGCUCGCUGCCACUCCCACCCCCGUGUGCUCGCUGCCACUCCCACCCCCGUGUGCUCGCUGCCACUCCCACCCCCGUGUGCUCGCUGCCACUCCCACCCCCGUGUGCUCGCUGCCACUCCCACCCCCGUGUGCGCGCGCAUCCGGGGCAGCCGUGCAUGUCCGCUGUGCGUUCUCCCACCACUCGUGCCGUCCAUGCCGCCAUCUUCCUCACCUGCACUCUCCCUCUCCCUGCUUCUGCUGCCAUACCAUGCCAUGGGGGGCAACUGGAGGAGAUGAGCAAGUUCCUCAACACGCUCAAGCCAGACACCGUCUUCCGAGCCAUUCACGGCGAGGUAUGGCAUUCACGGCGAGGUAUGCCAUUCACAUGUGCAUGCAUCGAACCCGGCCACCUCUGCCCGUUCUGCCUCUCGCCGUCCACCCUCUCCCCUCACUUCCACAGCUACAUGCGCCUCCUGCCUUUCCACCACCCGCCACCCUCUCUGCCCCAUCAUGCCUUGCGCCCUCUCUGCCCCAUCAUGCCUUGCGCCCUCUCUGCCCCAUCAUGCCUUGCGCCCUCUCUGCCCCAUCAUGCCUUGCGCCCUCUCUGCCCCAUCAUGCCUUGCGCCCUCUCUGCCCCAUCAUGCCUUGCGCCCUCUCUGCCCCAUCAUGCCUUGCGCCCUCUCUGCCCCAUCAUGCCUUGCGCCCUCUCUGCCCCAUCAUGCCUUGCGCCCUCUCUGCCCCAUCAUGCCUUGCGCCCUCUCUGCCCCAUCAUGCCUUGCGCCCUCUCUGCCCCAUCAUGCCUUGCGCCCUCUCUGCCCCAUCAUGCCUUGCGCCCUCUCUGCCCCAUCAUGCCUUGCGCCCUCUCUGCCCCAUCAUGCCUUGCGCCCUCUCUGCCCCAUCAUGCCUUGCGCCCUCUCUGCCCCAUCAUGCCUUGCGCCCUCUCUGCCCCAUCAUGCCUUGCGCCCUCUCUGCCCCAUCAUGCCUUGCGCCCUCUCUGCCCCAUCAUGCCUUGCGCCCUCUCUGCCCCAUCAUGCCUUGCGCCCUCUCUGCCCCAUCAUGCCUUGCGCCCUCUCUGCCCCAUCAUGCCUUGCGCCCUCUCUGCCCCAUCAUGCCUUGCGCCCUCUCUGCCCCAUCAUGCCUUGCGCCCUCUCUGCCCCAUCAUGCCUUGCGCCCUCUCUGCCCCAUCAUGCCUUGCGCCCUCUCUGCCCCAUCAUGCCUUGCGCCCUCUCUGCCCCAUCAUGCCUUGCGCCCUCUCUGCCCCAUCAUGCCUUGCGCCCUCUCUGCCCCAUCAUGCCUUGCGCCCUCUCUGCCCCAUCAUGCCUUGCGCCCUCUCUGCCCCAUCAUGCCUUGCGCCCUCUCUGCCCCAUCAUGCCUUGCGCCCUCUCUGCCCCAUCAUGCCUUGCGCCCUCUCUGCCCCAUCAUGCCUUGCGCCCUCUCUGCCCCAUCAUGCCUUGCGCCCUCUCUGCCCCAUCAUGCCUUGCGCCCUCUCUGCCCCAUCAUGCCUUGCGCCCUCUCUGCCCCAUCAUGCCUUGCGCCCUCUCUGCCCCAUCAUGCCUUGCGCCCUCUCUGCCCCAUCAUGCCUUGCGCCCUCUCUGCCCCAUCAUGCCUUGCGCCCUCUCUGCCCCAUCAUGCCUUGCGCCCUCUCUGCCCCAUCAUGCCUUGCGCCCUCUCUGCCCCAUCAUGCCUUGCGCCCUCUCUGCCCCAUCAUGCCUUGCGCCCUCUCUGCCCCAUCAUGCCUUGCGCCCUCUCUGCCCCAUCAUGCCUUGCGCCCUCUCUGCCCCACCAUGCCUUGCGCCCUCUCUGCCCCAUCAUGCCUUGCGCCCUCUCUGCCCCAUCAUGCCUUGCGCCCUCUCUGCCCCAUCAUGCCUUGCGCCCUCUCUGCCCCACCAUGCCUUGCGCCCUCUCUGCCCCACCAUGCCUUGCACCCUCUCGCUGUCGCUGUCUGCACUCCUUAUCCCUCUCCUCCCUCCCUCCUACCCACCCUUUCUGCCACCGUUUUUCCUACCAAACUUCCCCAUUGUUCUCACCCAGUUCCUUGUCCUUCUCCAUUGUUCUUCCAUCCCCCUCCAUCUCCCCCCUCCUCCCCUCCCGGCUCCCGCCAGUCACACGCGCUGGCAGUGCGGCAGCGCGUGGCGUUCUCAGUGUCGCGCGCUCCCAGGCGCCUGGCGUCCGCCAUCUCGGCUGACAUCUUCCGCUUCGUUGGGCGCGUGAGGGCGUUUCCGCCUUUCACCCCGCCACUCGCAUCUCCCCCCGUGUGCGCAUGGCAGGCCAUGGGGCGGGUGGCUGAGGGCGGAGUGGUGCUGCUGCCGCACGCGCUGGUGGACACCCACGUGCGCACCGACGCCGCCACGCCCUCCCCCCCCGGUGCUGCUUCUGCAGGGGAGGGCAGCGGGGCGGGAGGGGGCUACGCGGUGUACGUGCUGAACCCGCGGGUGAUGCCGCGGCGCUACGCGUACUCGUAUGGCAGCCGGGCCGACACCGUGUGCCCGGGCACCACCUUCCAUGAUGAGCGCUACGUGUGGGUGGACCUGACGGCGGGGCCGGUGAGCUACGGGCCGGCGUGGGAGGGGCAGGGGGGCGUCACACCCGCCGCGUACCUGCGGGCAGAGCAGUACAGCAAGGAGCUGCUGCACGGGGCGUUCCUGGCGCACGUGGCAGUGCUGGUGGACAGUGCCGUGCGCCAUGUGUUUGUGCCGCCGCUGCUGCAUGCGCCCGUGGUGUAUGCGGUGACCACCGACAUCUGGCUCAUCGCCAUGCACAGUGGCGCCGCUACGGGUGGCGAGGAGGACACGGGGCUCGAUUUGGGCGCAAUCAAGGAGCAGCUGCUAGCGCGCUCACCGCCAGUGCUGCUGGCGGGGCAGCAGGUGCGCUUCAAGCGAGUCGACCUCUCCCUCGCCACCUGCUCCUUCUGCUCCACCGCUCUGCACCGCGCCAUGCGGUCUGGCCUGUAUGAGGCCUCCGCUGGUGCUGCUUCCAGCUCAGCAGCAGGUGUGCCAGGUGGCAUGGAGGUGCGGCGCCACCUGGACUCAGAGGAUCUGCACCACCACCUGUCGGAGUUCUGGCCUGAGAUCACCGAGCUAGCGGGGCUGCCACUGCCGGACUAUGCGGAGCGCAACGACCCCAACCCCCACGCGGGGCGCUUCUUCCCCGUCUUCCUCUUCGACCUCCACGAGCCGGCCCCGCUGCUGCUGGAUGGCCGCCACCGGGCGCUGGCGUACGACGACAUGGUGCUGGCUGUGCGCACCACGGCCCCGCUGCUGCCCUCGCACUACAUGUGCGAGGGCGAGGUGGUGGACGUGGAUCCCAGCAACGUCACGCGCCCCGUGCUCUCCGCCAUCCUGCACACCGCCUGGGGUGUCGCCCCCACCCACGAGGCAUGGAGCGCCAUCCACAAUGCCUCGCAGCACGACUACCGGUGGAGCGGUGGCAUGACGCCCAUGGGCCCCUUCUCACGCCACCUCACUGUCACCACCACGAUGCGCGACACGGCGCUGCGCAACGUGGUGCUGUCCACGCUCAACUCCACCAUCUCCAGCAUGCUCCACCUCCUCUCCGCGCUCCAGAGGUACGGGUCGGAGGAGGCGGCGCUGAAGCCGGGCGCGGUGAGGCAGCGCUUUGAGCAGCGCUGGGGGGUGCUGCGCCACAAGCUGCAGCGCGCCGCAACGGCCCUGUCCGCAGUGGACAUGCACUUGGCGGGGUACUAUGCGCGGUCGGCACGGCAUGACAUGGACGCGCUGUUUGAGCUGGCGGGGCAGUCCGCACAGGACAUGCACACGUCCUUCUCCUGCUUCCAGGUCCGCCCUCUUCCCCUCCCUCUCACCUCCCUUCCCCUCCCUCUUACCAUGCCAUGGCAUUCCAUCCAUUGCUCCCUUGCAAACCCCACAUGUCGUCGGUGUCCCUCCCCGUGUGCCUCUCGCCUCACCCCUCCCUGUGUGCCUCUCGCCUCACCCCUCCCUGUGUGCCUCUCGCCUCACCCCUCCCUGUGUGCCUCUCGCCUCACCCCUCCCUGUGUGCCUCUCGCCUCACCCCUCCCUGUGUGCCUCUCGCCUCACCCCUCCCUGCUAUGUGUUUCGCCGUGCUGCCAGGAGGCGCCAGUGGCGUGGUCGGUGUGGGGCGGGGGGGCGGUGCUGGCAUAUCUGGCAUUCCUUGUCGGCCGCAACCGCUGGCGAGUCUGGCGCGUCAAACACAAACGCUUCUAG